AUGAGAAACAGAAAAAUAAAAAAAGCUCAUCUUAUUCACAUAAAGGAAAACAGAUCUCUCACGAACUCUUCCUGUCGCUUCUUCUCAAUGACAUUUCUGCAUACGUUUAUCGAAUCCCCGUGUUUUGUGACUUCUCCGACAAAGUCUAUAUGUUCAGUAUAUUACAAUGGGACUCCAGCAAGACACCGUGAAUACUGCUAUAACUGCAUUUUUCCACCCACCAUACUGGCUUAUAAAUUGUUGGAACAUCUUGCUAUUUACUUUCUUUGCACUUACCAUGCCGCUACCUUCAAUACUAUCAUCACUUGCACAUCAUCACAAAGUCUACAAAUCACUCAGGCUCAAUCUUGCCUAAUUCUACAGCAAUAUCUGUAA